GAGGGGCAGGAAACAGCAGCCGGCUUUGGUGGCGGCUGCAGCGGAGGGGGUAAGGACUGUCCACUGUCCAAGCGGCCUCUCAUCGAUCCCGGGUCUAAGGUCCGGCUGGAUCACAGGUCCAGCCUUCCUCCCCCAUCCGCCUGGCUGGCUGAGUCCCGGAGCCGCCACGUCCCUGGAGGCCUGGGCUUCCUCAAGAGGCCAGCCUGCCAGUCUGGCCAGACCGCCAGCUCCUUCGCAGAGAACUUCUCCACCACCAGCAGCAGCUUCGCCUACGACCGAGAGUUCCUGUGCACCCUGCCGGGGCUCCUGAUUGUGGCCGAGAUCGUCUUAGGGCUGCUGGUGUGGACGCUCAUCGCCGGCACUGAGUAUUUCCGGGUCCCUGCUUUUGGCUGGGUCAUGUUUGUAGCUGUCUUUUACUGGGUCCUCACCGUCUUCUUCCUCAUUGUCUACAUCACCAUGACCUACACCAGGAUUCCGCAGGUGCCCUGGACCACAGUGGGCCUGUGCUUUAAUGGCAGUGCCUUCCUCUUGUACCUCUCAGCCGCCGUAGUGGACGCAUCUUCUGUCUCCCCAGAGAAGGACAGUCACAACUUCAACAGCUGGGCAGCCUCCUCGUUCUUCGCCUUCCUGGUCACCAUUUGCUACGCUGGAAACACAUACUUCAGUUUCAUAGCCUGGAGAUCCAGGACCACACAGUGACUUCCUCUUCGGAUAAUGGAGAAGAAAACACACCAGGAUGAAUCCCACUGUAAAAAGCAGUUGUAGCUAUAAUGUAUAUUGCCCCAGAAUUGUAUUUAACUAAUGUUUUUAUAUCUUAGUUAAAUUACCUCCUAAUGGCUUGUUACAAUUACACUGGAUACUUGCAGAGUGCUGUGACUGCUGAUGAGC